CUGUAAAUCGUCCGGAACUUUUAAGAGCAAAUCAAACCUUCCUCCGAUGCCAGCCUCGAUCAUCGUAGACAACCUCCAGGAGGACGAGGUGCUCUCGUACCCGUUAGUUUUGCUCCAAGGUCGCAUCACCGACCUGCAUCCUAGUGCCAACCUCUUCCUGGACGCUCGUCUGGACGACUUGCGCCCUUGUCUCUGGCCAAUCUCCCCCACGGGCCACUUCAAGGCGUUCGUUCUGCUCCCAUCGUCUGGCAAAUUCGCCAUCACUCUACAACUCAGUGGCAUCGCUCGCCGCAUCUUUUGCGUCGAGUACCGACCCCGUGUUACUCGAUUUGUGGUCAAAUUUCACUAUCAAAUCUGCUCGGACGCAGACACUCGCGACGGAUUCGACGCUCCUCUUGGUGUCGACAAUUCCGACACUGUAGCAAUUGCAAAGAUCCGAUUCAAUGCGUUGAUAUUGCAAAUGGCAGCAGCCGAGUUGAUGCACGCAGCAGGUUUGCCACGACUGACGUUCGCUAUGCAAUUUGCACCCGAUGGCCUGCCAGACGUGACGCUGCUGCGGUGCAGAUUCACCAACGCUCAUGCACGAUCGGUGGACGGUCAGAAGCUCAUUAAGCUGGUUCAACAGGACAUCGAAGCCGCUGGAUGGGACGACCAUCCAGAAUUGGAUUUUAAACAUGCAGUAGUGCUGGGGUGCUCGAGAUACAAUCGAGAGGCAAGGAAAGCUGAGGGACAUACAGCACUUGGAGGAGGAAAAGUUGGAGUGUUUGGGUCUUGUGGACUGCACACGUGGCCUUCGCAUCUUGGUGAAUUAUCGUUGUGCUGUUUGAAUAACACGAGGAUUGAUACGCGCUAUCUGUUGGACGAUAGCUGCUACAGAGGCACCUUCUGGGCCAAUUUCUCCACUGGAAUCGGAGCCAUGUUGCAUGAAAUUGGUCAUACAUUUGGACUUGGACACGCCACGAGCGGCAUCAUGGCGCGUGGGUUUGAUGAUAUGAACCGACUGUUGUGUGUGUACGCAGCUGAUCCACGCUCGUCGCAGCAGAGUUUCCGUCGAUCUACUGCUCAAGGUUGGCUGGAUUUAAACCACACCGUUGUUCGUGAAGUUACCAGUCGAGGAGGAGCACACUGGAACUCUGCUUCAGCUCAGCUGCUUCGACACUCUCCAUGGAUCUCAGGAUACGCCAAGCCGUCGCUCGUAGGACCUACCGUGGACUGGGGAAGCUCGGUACUUGGACCAGUAGGCCACGGCACAUACAAUGGCACGCAAAUCGACCUUCCUGAGAAGACAUUAUCGUCUUCGGUGGACGAUGAACUGGGUGCCGUCAUGAUUGAUGCUGAUAAGUACAUCGAUCACUUUGAGACUCUGACACGUGCUCAAGUGGCUGAAGCUGAGCGCACUGAACCACUGCGUGCUGCUGGUUCCAAACACUGGUUUAUUCUUGCUGACGGAGAGUAUAUCACUCGUGUGGAUGUCCGUGCUAUGGCUUGGAUCGAUGGACUCCAGCUGCACACGAACUUACGCUCAUCACGUUGGUAUGGCGGGACGGGUGGUAAUUUGCACGCACUAAAGCCUGCUGAAGGGUGGCACGUGAGCUCGUUCAUUGGCUCCAGAGGUGAUUCCCAUGUUGGUAGACUUGGUGUUCGCUGUCUGCCUACUUCCUCUGUAUCCUCCCGUCCUCUGUCCCUGGAGUCUAACGGAACUACCAACAGAGUUCUAUCGUUUCCUCCAGCUGGAAAAGCACUAGAAGGCAAUCCCAAGACGCCGUUUUCGAUCACUCUCACCGAGAUCGGGGCUGUCGUCGUUCAAUGUGGAAGAUUUGUCGAGGGUGUUAAGCUGUUAACUCCGGAGGAAGCUGUGUCGAAUUCAAGAGAUCCAAGGUUCUACCGCUCAAACGAGCAUGUCUUUCAGCUUUGUCCAGGUGAGAAGCUGAUCAAGCUUGAGGUGUUCAGCGGCCACUGGGUUGACUGCAUCCGGUUCACGACAACUCUACGUGCUAGCCCUUGGUUCGGUGGGGGCAGAGGACCAAAUCACACAGUUAUGGAGGGCCCAGCAGGACAUCACAUCUGCGGGUUGCAUGGAAUCCGCGGCAAACAAUACGUCGGCUCGGUCGGAGCUCUUUACUGUGCUGAUGCCGCAGCAACAUGCCUACAGACACAGCACCAAGAACCUGUCCGGGAAAUGGAGGAUCAACCGAAAACACGGAAGUUCUGGGUUAUGAGAACUGUCCCAGUCUCGAACCAGAUCGCAGAUCCUCCAAAGCCACCACUUGGAAUUUUAAUUGCUGUCCAGAACGGCUCCGUGACGUCGGUGCAGUCCUUCGACAGCGUGGAAAUGUUUGAUGAAUUGGUCACCCAACUUCACUCAACUCUCCUCACAGUCGGCACUUCGUAUCAAGUGCAUUGCGUUCCGCUGAGACCUGGAGAAAAAGUUUUGCAGAUCGACGUGAGCUUCCGUCCUGCCAGUGCCGACGAUCCCUACACGGUCAUUGAUGGAGUCUGUUUCCACACAACUCUGCGCUGUUCGUCGUGGUUUGGAGCCUACCGUGAAUCCAAUCUACGCUUCUUCAUGCCACCAGCAGACACCAGCGUCAUUCGAGUACAAGGAACUUACACUGACAGCAUCCUGACUGAUCUUACAGGAGUAAUUGGCGUCAGUAUCAACAGCGCGACGCUGUUCACACCGGAUGCUCGUGUCCUAGUUGACGACGGCGCGUACGACGUUAGACUGGAGGCUGCUACACCUGAAUUUGGCGUUGAAUCUGUGCUAUUAGUCAAGAAAAACAACGGAGACAACCUGGACAAGCACGCGUGGACAUGGAACCAGCACGGAAUGCCAUACCCACGAGCAUGGCGAGUCCCUCACACGAUGCUGGAAGCCUAUGUGGACAGCAAAAGCACACUGUAUGAAGAGUACCUUGUUGGCGCCAUCAACUCCGGUGGAGCGUUUUCCAAGACUGCUGCUCCAGUGCUGCGUCAGUAAGUGGUUCAAACAAAAAGAGACAUGCGUUAGAAUCGUGCUAUUGCGUCCGCAGAUGCCUUUAACUCUCUAAUUGUCACAGGUUAAUCUUGAUCUGACUCUGGAGAAAGCUGC